AUGUCAGCUCUCGUACCUCGAUCUCCAGCUGAGACUGAUUACGAAUCCCAGGAGGACGAAGACUACGAAUACGUGCACCAACAACCAGACGGGCCUUCUAGACGACCUCCAAAGCGCAGACGUCCAGCAAGAGACCAUAACCCACCAAACAGAACACAAAAAUCGGGCGGCGCAGGGGCACUUGGAGCAGAACAUGAAGAAGAUGAGGAAGACGGCCUUUACAGCCCCAUCGGCUUCGAGGAUGCCUUCGAAGCGCUCGCGACAUCUCUCCGCAGCAUCCAUCUUUCUGAGAAGCGCGAGCAGGAGACAGACGGAGAGAUCGAGCAAGUAAAAGACGCUACAUCCGCGCGCGAGAGGGUCCUCAUGGUCGUUGAGCUACUUGAGAACAUUCUUUUCCAUCUGCCCGCUGCUACGAUCAGGACCGUGCAGAGCGUACGCAAGCGGUUCAAAGAGUGUUACGAAGGUUCGAAGAAGCUGCAAAUGAAGACUUUCCAACAAGUCUCUGGAGAUCUCAUCGCCGUACCGGCGCCCGCUGCGCCGGCUGUGCAGAAUGAUCCGCCGAUACUUGGGUACGACUACAACCCUCUCGUUGUUCGGGGGAACACUCUUCCAAGAAAUUAUAGACGUCAGGUAUUCCAGCACGGAUUCUAUUUACGCUGCAGCUGCCCUACGGCGCCGAUCACAUGGUUUUGGACGGGCCAUACGAAGGCGAAGGUACGUUCGCUGGCAGUUUCAUGAAGCUGCACAUCACUUUCGACGAGGAAGUGUUUGAGGCGCACGAGCAUACGGGAUCUUGGCAGCGACUGCAUCUCGCUGAUCCGAAUGUUCCGUUGAUUGUCAAGGUGGCCCAAUACCAUCAGGACGUCACGCCACGGUCGUUAAAUUCCUGGUUCUAUGAAGGGAAAGUUGCUUUGAAGUCUUGCACGAUCGGGGAUGCUAUGGCUAUGGCCAGGGGGUUGUGGCGCUUUCUGCGCAGUCGCAGGUCAUUGAAACGGUCAACGGACUGGGUGUCAAUUGGUGCAGAGGACCUUGACAUACUCCGCAUCAGAGACUCGACGCGAGAGUUGAUGCUCGCCGAAGCACGGUGGACGGCUGAACAGUACACGAACUUGAGGCGGACGUUGAAUUGA